CCCACUUAUAACUAACCCUCCUUUUUUUUUUACAAAAGAUAAUCAUAUAUAGAUUCAAGAUAGGCACCAUUACAUCCGGGAAAACAACCAGACCUGAAAAUUAAACGAGCGACACGUAGACGGGUACAAAGCAAGGGCCUUUCUAGCCACCGAGUUCUUGUGACGGUGUGGAAGUAGGAGGUGUUUUUAUCACCUUUCUUCAGCCAAUGAACCCUCGAUUUUUGUUGCCAGUACACCUCCUCUGCUUCCCAUUGGCGAGUCAGUUCCGUUUCUAGGAUCUUGACCUCCUCCCAAUUGAUGGGGUGAUGGGAUUUGAUAUGUUUAAUCUCAACUUGGAGUGUCUUGAUAUUGCGAAGCGAGCUGGUAGUCCCAGCCCUACUCCAAUCGUAGAGAAGAUGUCUCAAAUUCUUAAGGUUCUCCCAGAGUUGAUACAUCGGGGUCCCAGAGAUUUGUUCUUGCCAUACAUACCUGACCAUUGCCCUACGGAUUGUCCGCCCAUCGGGCAUCAAACCUGAAAAGGGGCCGACUUUGUCGAACAAAGGGUUUGUCCGCAAGGAGCAGUGCCCGAUGAUCCGAACCAAGGUCUGUGCAAUGCUUGACAAGAGUAUCUGGGAAGUGAUCAACCCACCUUAUUAUAUGUUUUCAUCAAUAUUGACUAACCCACUCUCUUAUAUAUUCCUGAGAUUGCGUUCAGAUUUACAACAGUUUUCCUUUUUCUCGAAUUGUUAACUAUUUGUACACAUGGUCGUAUUGACAUCCUUCCCCCUAUAGCAUCACAUUGCACGCUAUUGCAUCACAUGUCCUCACCAAGACGAGUUCGGAUGAGAGAACUCUAUAGUGUGUUUGGUGUAGAUCUCUGAUCAUGUGGGCGCUCUUGAUGAUCAGUUUCUGGAAAGGAAGAUCUCAGAUGCAGUCAAGUAAUGAAGUGACAACAUUUAAUACAUGUAUUGCAGUACCAAAAUCGAGUCAAAGAAAGGUGGGAAGAGACCAAAAAAUUGAUGAAUAUACAGAUGGAGCUAGCUAGGGCAUUCAUUUCCCAUUAGUACAUAGUAUAGUAGUAUGCAGAUGUGGGGCAACUUGGUAGAAAAAUCCAUGCACGUAUUAUUGUUCUGUCCCUUUCACAUUUCUUCAUGCAUUAAAUCGGAGCAACAUACACUUGGUCAUGUUAUAAAUUGUUUGGACUUCCACUAGCUGAUUCAAUCAAUAUCAACUUUUGAAACAUAAAAACACUUCUAAAAAUCAUACUAAAAAGAGUCUACAUAUAUAAAACACUCGAAGAAUACCCAAAUCGAAUGGAACCAACAACAAAAUUAGAUAAAAAAGAAGUGAAAUGAUGUGAAAAAUAUAACCUAUCAUUUAGGAGAUAAGAUGGGAUAAGCAUCACAUGAUUUCACACCCACGAAACCUUUUCUUCCUCUUGUUUCCAUCUCAAAUCUUUGGAUGAGCAUGCUUGAGCUAGCUAAUCCAUUUCUUGUCCUUUAGCACACUAGCUGCUAGACAAACUACUUAAACAUCUGAAUGUCUCAUCAGUACUAUCAAUUCAUCAUGAUAAUUAAUCAUCAUCCUUGUACCUCUGAAAUUGCUUUACUUCUUGGUGGUGCUCACGAUGAUCAGGCGCCGUUUUUUGACCAUUCAUCAUCAGAAGCAUAAAAUAUGUAGGGUGUACUUCGAUUUGGAAAUGAUUAUGAAUGUAUUUUUGUUUAAUUGUGUGUUGUUAACUUGUAAUAUGAAGUGUAUUUGAAAAAAUAUUGUUACUAAAGAAAGGGGAGACUUAUUUUUUAAAUUCAUCUAAUUAUAUAACACUGGUUUUGGGUUUUCCCAACAAUAACUUCAAAAAAAAAAAAAAACAACUAUGUUACUCAUAUAUACAUCAAUAGUAGUGAUUGCAAUUUGAAUCCGACUUAUCUUAUAUGAUUCACGUUGGGACAAAUAAUAUCCGAAUCUAAGUAGCAUGGGCGACUGGCGAGUAUUAGUAUUACUUCAUAUAUUGUCCCACCCCGAUCUGGCUUAUUCUUGACCCUUCCUAUUCAGAUCUUGCUGAUCAAUAUAUAUUUGUAUUUAUCCUAUUUUGUACUUUUUCAAUCACAUUUUAAUAUAAUGCAACUUCAAAUAAGUGCAAGGGUUGGUCUUUCUGAUAAUUGGACUUAACUUAUCAUCAAUUACCUCUAUUUGUCAUUCAUUAUGUGUUUUUCAUUUGUUUUAUUUUUAAAAAUUCUAUUUUUGUAUUUAUUUAUUUCAUAUAAUACGUGAGAUCUGUGCUUUUGAUUCAUAUUCAUACGGAUAUAACCGACUUGAUUCGCGUUUGGUGUCGAGCGAGUAUGAGAUUGACAGACUGAUCACCUAGUUAUCAAUUACAUGGAUACAAAGAAUGUAGUUAGGGAAAUAGGUUCUAAUCAACUAGUAUGGUUUUAGUUCACAAUUCACAACAAAGUUUGGCUUAAGCAAGCUUCUUUUUUAAUAAAAAGAGGCAUAUGUU